UUGGACGACUUCGGCCGAGUAGCGAAGUGAGCGGCGGAGCGUGUAAACGACGCGGUGUAAACGCGAAGGUGCAUAGUGUGGUGUUGGUUGGCGUGCACCCUCGUUUCUUACGUGGCCGAUGGUAGCCGGCGCGAGCGAGUGAAUCGGUCGGCACGAUCCGAACACCGCCGACGCUCGUCCAGCCAGACGGCCGCCCCGCGCGCCUGUGAUAUGCCAAUAAUUAGCGUUUACGGCGCCGCGAAUGAAGGUCCUGCGAUCCUAGAGACGACCGACGCCAAGCAGCGAGCGACGCACUCGACGCCGAGGCGCGAUCACUGAAGAUAUCUGCAAGUACAACGUGUCAAGAUGAGUGCAGCCGUGGAAAAUGGAGCUGGCGACGGUAAGUCGGCCGCCAAGCAGAAAACCAUCGAGGGUAUCUACCAGAAGAAGUCGCAGCUGGAACACAUUUUGCUGCGUCCCGACACCUACAUCGGGUCUGUGGAGCCGGUGACGGAGAUGAUGUGGGUCUUCGAUAAGGAAAAAGACAUGAUGGUGCAGAAGGAUAUAAAAUAUGUACCUGGGUUGUAUAAGAUUUUCGACGAGAUCUUGGUAAACGCUGCCGACAACAAGCAACGCGACCCCAAGAUGGACAUGAUCAAGAUUGAUAUCGACUCAGAAAACAAUACCAUUUCCGUAUGGAACAAUGGUAAAGGCAUCCCUGUUGUGGUGCACAAGGAGGAAAAAAUGUAUGUACCCACUAUGAUAUUUGGGCACCUUUUAACAUCGUCAAAUUACGAUGACGAAGAAGAGAAGGUGACCGGCGGCAGAAACGGCUACGGCGCCAAGUUGUGCAACAUUUUCAGCCAUCGCUUCACUGUCGAGACUGCAACAAAGGAAUACAAAAAAUGCUUAAAACAAACGUGGGGUGACAAUAUGGGCAAAUCUAGCGAGCCUAGAAUUAAAGAAUAUUUUGGAGAGGACUUCACCAAGGUUACGUUCUCACCGGAUUUGUCAAAGUUCAAGAUGCAAUCUCUCGAUAACGAUAUUGUCUCGUUAAUGUCUCGAAGAGCAUACGACGUGGCUGCUUCUUCGAAAGGCGUCAAAGUUUUUUUAAAUGGAACUCGCGUACCAGUAAAGAAUUUUAAAGAGUAUGUUGAUUUUUAUAUCAAAGGGAAAGAAGACGACGUCGGCAAUCCACUAAAAAUCGUAUACGAGAAUUGUGGCCCACGCUGGGAAAUCGCUCUCACUUUGUCUGAUAAAGGAUUUCAACAAAUGUCCUUUGUAAAUAGUAUCGCGACAACAAAGGGCGGUAGACAUGUUGAUCAUGUGACAGAGAUGAUAGUCAAACAACUGAUUGAAACGCUAAAGAAGAAGAAUAAAGCUGGCGUGACCAUUAAGCCGUUUCAAAUCAAGAAUCAUUUGUGGAUCUUCAUUAACUGUCUUAUCAAUAAUCCCACCUUUGACUCGCAAACCAAGGAGAACAUGACUCUACAGCCGAAAAGCUUCGGCUCUAAAUGCGCACUAACUGAUAAGUUUAUUACCUCAAUCGCGAAAAUCGGUGUUGUGGAAGCGGUGUUGACCUGGGCGAAGUUUAAAGCUGACAGUCAGCUUGAGAAAUUGGGACCCAAAUCGAAGCAAAGGAAACUUCAUGGUAUACCCAAGUUAGAGGACGCCAAUGACGCAGGAACGGCAAAAUCAUUGGAAUGUACACUCAUACUGACUGAGGGAGACUCAGCUAAAACAAUGGCUGUGUCUGGUAUCGCUUCCAUAGGCAGAGAUAAAUAUGGCAUAUUUCCAUUGAGAGGUAAGAUGUUAAAUGUACGAGAGGCUACCCAUAAGCAGAUCUUGGAGAACGCCGAAAUUAACAAUUUGAUAAAAAUCCUUGGUCUUCAAUACAAAAAGAAAUAUGAAACGCGAGACGAUUUGAAGACGUUGCGUUAUGGAAAAAUGAUGAUCAUGACUGAUCAGGAUCAGGACGGUUCACAUAUCAAAGGUCUAUUGAUCAAUUUUAUCCACCAUAACUGGCCCUCGUUGUUAAGAUUGAACUUCGUUGAAGAAUUUAUUACACCUAUCGUGAAGGCUAGUAAAGGCAGUCAAGUCUUGUCUUUCUUUUCCCUGCCGGAAUUUGAGAUGUGGAAGAAAGAUACAGAAAACUUUCACACGUACAAGAUCAAAUACUACAAAGGUUUGGGUACUUCCACUGCCAAAGAGGCAAAGGAGUACUUCGAAAAUAUGGCCAGACACAGAAUACGCUUUCAAUACAAUGGCGAGCAGGAUGACGAGAACAUCAUUAUGGCAUUUAGUAAGAAAUGCGUCGAUCAGCGUAAAGAUUGGCUGAUGAAUCAUAUGAACGAAACAAAGAGGCGAAAAGAGAUCGGCCUCGGCGAACGUUAUCUCUAUGAGAAAGACACGCGCACCGUCACUUUCUCAGAUUUCAUCAACGUCGAACUGGUGCUGUACAGCAAUUAUGAUAACGUGAGAUCCAUCCCGAACAUGAUGGACGGCUUUAAGCCGGGUCAGAGGAAAGUAAUGUUCACAUGUUUGAAACGUAAUGAUAAACGUGAAGUGAAAGUCGCGCAAUUGGCGGGAUCGGUCGCCGAACAUUCAGCUUACCAUCAUGGUGAAACGUCCCUGAUGGCGACGAUUAUUAAUCUCGCACAGAAUUUCGUGGGCAGCAACAACAUUAAUCUAUUGCAGCCUAACGGUCAGUUCGGUACAAGACUUACUGGCGGAAAGGAUGCUGCCAGUCCGAGAUACAUUUUCACAAUUCUCAGUCCUCUGGCGAGGUUUAUAUUUCACAAACAUGACGAUCCCCUGCUGAAACACGAGUACGACGACAAUCAAAAGAUCGAACCUGUCUUUUACAUGCCUGUGAUUCCUAUGGUACUAGUGAACGGUGCCGACGGAAUUGGUACGGGCUGGAUGACAAAAAUACCGAACUACAAUCCUCGAGAGAUAAUCGAGAAUCUACAUAAGAUGAUGGACGGCGCAGACCCAAAACCAAUGAUACCGUACUAUAAAAAUUUCAAAGGCGUCGUGGAAAGCUGCGGGGAUUAUCGUUACGUUAUAAGCGGAGAGAUAUCGGUGAUUGGACCUGACAAGGUCGAGAUCACUGAACUUCCUAUUGGUACGUGGACGCAAACGUAUAAGGAAACUGUGCUGGAACCUAUGUUACAUGGAACUGAUAAAGUGCCAGCUAUCAUCACGGAUUACAAAGAGUAUAACACAGAUACGGCGGUACACUUCAUAGUAAUAUUGAACCGAGACAAAUUAGUGGAGUUAGAAAGAGAAGGUCUUCAUAAAGUAUUCAAAAUUCAGACGACGAUGACUAUAACAUCUAUGUGUGCAUUUGAUGAAAACCAAUGCUUGAACAAGUACGACAAUGCGAUACAAAUAUUGAAAGGAUUUUAUAAAGUACGAUUGGAGGCAUAUAUACAGAGGAAGGAUUACCAAGAAGGAAUUUUGCAAGCAGAAGCGGCGAAGCUGUCCAAUCAGGCGCGUUUUAUCCUUGAGAAAUGCGACGGUACUUUGGUGGUAGAAAACAAAAAAAAGAAGGACAUGAUAGCAGAAUUAGUCAGACGCGGUUACGAUUCUGAUCCGGUGGUAACUUGGAAAUUAUCCCAGAACAGAGAGGAAGUACUGGAGGAUCAAGAGGAGGCUGUGGAAAACGAUGAAGAGGCCGCUCCAACCGCGUCAACAAUAGAAAAGGAGAAUUUCGAUUAUCUUCUCGGAAUGACGAUGUGGAGCCUGACGAAGGAAAAAAAGGAUGAUUUAUUGCGUCAACGGGACGAGAAGGUAACGGAGCUGAAGAGAUUGCAAAGUCGCACGCCAAUCUCUUUAUGGAAGGAGGAUCUGGACAAUCUUUUAGCCGAAUUAAAUAAACUGGAAGACAAAGAGAAGAAAGACCAGAACAAAGCGAAGCAAAAAGAGAAAAAACCGCCUUCGAGAUUCUACAAGAACGACGAUACUCGUCGCAUAGUUCCCUUCAUCGACGUUGAAUUGAAGAAAAAGAUUGAGAAGGCUGACAUUGUGUCAAAGGAUAAGAAAGAAGGCAUAAAGAAGCCAAAAAUGAAGAAAGAGCCAAUCUUGGAGGAGAAAGACGAGUUUGAUACGUUAGUCGACGCAUAUACUAAACCCCUCGAACAUAGACUUGGAAAUUCUCCAGAAAAGAUAGAGAAAAAAGUAACUGCAAAGAAAGGAUUGAAGCAAACAACAUUACAAUUUAAACCAAUUAAGAAAGGAGCGAAAAAGAAGGAGAAGGAUUCGGACGAUAGCGACGACAUCGAUUUUGGUAACGUUUUGCCACCUCCGCAACCACGAGCAUCUCGUAGAGCCGCAGCAAAAAAGAAUUACAAUAUGAGCAGUGAGGAUUCGGAUGACAGUAACGAACUGUUCAGUCGUCCCUCUUCUGAUUCAGAACAAACAACCAUGAAGAAAGAGUCGAUUAUGGUGCUAAGUGACUCCGACGACAACAUUAAACCGAGCAAGAAACUGCCUCAAUCAACACCGACUUCGGAGGAACUUUUCGAUUCGUUGGUUGGCAAUACUCCUGAUAAACAAUCUUCAUCUGAGAAGAAAUCUGCACUAAUAUCUUCAUCCGGGGAAGAUUCACCUGCGAAGUUCACGCCACCUAAGAAGGCACCUGCUAAGAAGAAGACUGAAAACGGUGGUAACAAAGGAGUAAAGAGACAGAAAAAGAAACCAAAAUCAUCCGAGGAUUCUGAUACGGAUGAUCUAUUUGUCACUAAACAAAGUCACGCGAAGAAGAAAAAGAAGAAAUCAGAAUCUGAUGAAGAGAUGAGAGAUGAUGAUUCGCCGCCGCCACUCCGGAAGACUGCCGGUAGAGCUCGGAAGCCUGUAUCUUACGCAUUAAAAUCAGACGACAGCGACUCUGAUUAAACGUCGUUCACCUUGAAAAAUGCCACGGACGACGAAAUUAACUGAAGUAGUUUAGAGUGAAAGCACUGUGAAAAGAUGUUGCACAAGUUUAUUUGGAGAAUUUUGGAGAUUUUGUCCUCGUCAAUUGUUGGUCGUGACAUUAGUAAUAAUUAUGUAGGGUGUUUCGUCACAGAGAAUCCGCCAGAAUAUGAAAUGCGUCCCUUGAAUAAUUUUGCAAGUGGAAAUAAUUUGAAAUAAAAAUUUGUAUUUUUGU